AUGGACGACGCUGCAAAGGACGCGUACAUCGCCAAGUUGGAAACUGGGAUGAAAGCAACGGUGGGUCUCAUUGCAGGUGCUACCGGCAGCAAGAGCGCCGCGAGUGAAGCUGCGUUCAUGCAGUGGCGCCGUACUUUCCCGUUGGGAGUGUUGGGCCCCGAGGACCGAGCGGCAAUGCGUUCAUUGCUGUCCAUCUCGGGCAGGGAGUUUCAUCGGCUGGAAGCCAAGUUCAAGGGCAGAACCCCCCAACUCGGCGUUGCCAGGAUUUGGCGACGCCAGCCAAUGGUGACACCCAAAAAGUGGUCGCCAAGCACUGGCUGA